ACAGUUUACGGCAUACCGUAUUCCGGUCAGUGCAGAGAGACUGCACGUGAAACCAGUGAAACAGUGAGUUAACACACGGAUGAGACUUUUUAAUGACGGUUUGUUGACGGUUAGUGAAGCAGCAGUGACAUCGAGUCGCUGCGGAGAGUGAAGCCGGCAGGAUGCUGUAUCUGAUCGGCCUGGGGCUGGGAGACGCCUCGGACAUCACGGUGAAGGGUCUGCAGGCGGUGAAGAGCUGCUCCAGAGUUUACCUGGAGGCCUACACCUCCAUACUGACGGUGGGGAAGGAGGCUCUGGAGGAGUAUUAUGGGAAGGAGCUGAUCAUGGCCGACAGAGACUUGGUUGAACAGGGGGCUGAUGAGAUCCUGAAGGAUGCAGAUGUGACUGAUGUGGCGUUCCUGGUGGUGGGCGACCCAUUCGGAGCCACCACCCACAGUGACUUGGUCCUCAGAGCAGUGCAUGCUGGGAUACCGUACAAAGUCAUCCACAACGCCUCCAUCAUGAACGCUGUGGGCUGCUGUGGGCUGCAGCUGUAUAACUUCGGGGAGACGGUGUCGUUAGUGUUUUGGACGGAGACGUGGAGACCUGAGAGCUUCUAUGACAAAAUCUGUAAGAACAGAAAAGCUGGACUGCACACGCUCUGUCUGCUGGAUAUUAAAGUCAAAGAGCAGAGCGUCGAGAACAUGAUGAGGGGGAAGAAGAUCUAUGAGCCUCCUCGCUUCAUGACGGUCAGUCAGGCUGCAGAUCAGCUGAUCCAGAUCAUACAGAGGAAGAGGGAGGAGGGGGAGGAGCUAGGUAUGACGGAAGACACGGUGUGUGUGGGCGUGGCCCGACUUGGCGCCAAUGACCAGACCAUCCGCGCAGCGACGUUACGUCAGCUGGUGUUGUGUGACCUCGGCGGUCCCCUCCAUUCGCUGGUCGUCACCGGUCACCUCCACCCGCUGGAGGUGGACAUGCUGCGAGUGAACGAAGAAUCAAACGCACUGCAACACCUGCACAUGAUCGACAGCUCCACCUUCUGCUCCUAACACACACACGCUCGUCUUACUGUUCUUGUGGGGACCGUCAUUGACAUGGUUUAUUACUAGGACCCUAACUCAAAACUUGAUCUAAUUUUAAUCUGACCUUUGAGAAAAAGUCUGAACCUUAAGACAGAUAUGAGUGAGAGAAGAGAGGCCAGGAUGUCCCGACAAUGGAGAAAUGUCCUCAUUAUGAUGGUUUACAGCUGUGGUCCUCACAAAGACAGCAGUACAAGCUCUCACACACAUACAGAGGACGUUUAUUGAUCAUCAAAAUAAUAUAAAAACAUGAAUGACCCAUAAUCCUCCUCUGAACUGUUAAAAAUAAAUGAGAUUGUCUUUU